UUUUCAGGUGUUUCUAUAUGCGUUGGGCUUAUACAUCUCUACUCCCGUCUCAUUGGCAUUAUGUUGCGGCGGCGACGGCUCGCACGGAUGGAGGACUACAUCGGCCUCCAAGGGAAAGGAGCUCGCUCGGCAGCAGCCUCCAUUGGCAACAGCUCAUCUUCUCUCCAGCCAACUGUGGCCUGACUGACCAGGUGGCUGGAAUCGGCGACCACUGCCUUCCGCGUCGCCAACAACAGAGUGACAUCCGUGAAAACAAUCUUACUGGUCGAUGGAGAAGUCUAUUCCAAGUCUCCGAGUUCUCCAACCGCAGGCAGCUUUGGAGUCCACCGAUCACUUGUCAGGAGCACCUCCAUUAUAUUCGACCUCCAAAAGUACAUGUGAUGUUAUCUGAAGCUUGCUGGAAGAGAUGCCCUUUUUCUCUUCAGUUUUGGUGCAUUUAAGCCUUUUUGAAGAUGUAAAAGUGUUGCAUAGUCCAGUUUGCUUAGUCGGUGUACAUGUUUCUAUUAAGAUGCAAAUUUCUAUA